GGCGCAGUGGGGCGGGAUGGAGGCUGGCGCCGGGGGACCCGCGGAGGUGCUUCAGGGGACCGCAGUGCGCGAGGUGAGACGGCGAGGGCUCGCGGGGCGCAGACCAGGCCAGGCGUCAAAGCAAGUCACUCAUCCGACCUAAACCCUCUGAGAGCCUGGGGUCACGUCUCCCUCCGGGGAUCCUCGUGAAAUCUCAGGGGUCCCACCGCCCUGCGAGCCGCGCCCAUGCCCUGCCAGACCCGGAACUGCAUCGCCAGGUUUGCGCUGGAGCUGCUGGGGAUGCUGGGCCUGGGUGGGGGGCGCGGAGGAGGGGGCAUUGGGGGGACCAAUGCGGAGCGGGCAGACCCCGGUGCUAUGGUUCUGGCGCACCCAGCUCGUCUCUGUCCGAGGCUGGGAGUGGUAGGCCGCGCUGUGCAGUCUCGGGUGCAGUCUGAGAAGUUUGGGAGUGACUUGAGGAAUGACUGGAAGCACCCCAGAUCCGGUUUGUCCAGUCACAGCAGGGUCCUUACUUGAGUUAGGAGACGAGCGGGGGGGUCGGACGGGAGCCCCACAGAGAGUAAGGGCUCGCGUUUGUUCACAGAACCUGGUUCCCUCUUUACUCACACCCCCCAGGGCGCUUUGUGUGAGGUUCCACGAGGGAAGGCUAGAGACGCAGGCUGCCACACACGCACUGUUUGGAAGAGGCGAAACAUUGCCUCCCCUGCACAACCCCACCAAAAUGGCUGCUUUGGGACACACGUUCCCCUUCUAUGCUGGCCCCAAGCCAACCUUCCCAAUGGACACCACUUCGGCCACCAUCGUCAUGAUCUUUCUGACUGCACUGGCCACUUUCGUCGUCAUCCUGCCUGGCAUUCGGGGCAAGACGAGGCUGUUUUGGCUGCUGCGGGUGGUGACCAGCUUAUUCAUCGGGGCUGCAAUCCUGGCUGUGAAUUUCAGUUCUGAGUGGUCUGUGGGCCAGGUCAGCACCAACACAUCGUACAAGGCCUUCAGUUCUGAGUGGAUCAGCGCUGAUGUUGGGCUGCAGGUUGGGCUGAGUGGAGUCAACAUCACGCUCACAGGGACCCCUGUGCAGCAGCUGAAUGAGACCAUCAAUUACAAUGAGGAGUUCACCUGGCGCCUGGGCGAAAACUAUGCUGAGGAAUAUGCAAAGGCGCUGGAGAAGGGGCUGCCAGACCCUGUGCUGUACCUAGCCGAGAAGUUCACUCCGAGAAGCCCAUGUGGCCUGUACCGCCACUAUCGCCUGGCAGGACACUACGCCUCAGCCACACUGUGGUUGGCAUUCCUUUGCUGGCUGCUGGCCAACGUGAUGCUCUCCAUGCCGGUGCUGGUAUACGGUGGCCACAUGCUGUUGGCCACGGGCAUCUUCCAGCUGUUGGCUCUGCUCUUCUUCUCCAUGGCCACAUCACUCACCCCACCCUGUCCCCUGCGCCUGGGCGCUUCUGUGCUGCUUACUCACCAUGGGCCUGCCUUCUGGAUCACACUGACCACAGGACUGCUGUGUGUGCUGCUGGGCCUGGCUACGGUGGUGGCGCACAGGAUGCAGCCUCACAGGCUGAAGGCUUUCUUCAACCAGAGUGUGGACGAAGACCCCAUGCUGGAGGGGAGUCCUGAAGAAGGUGGACUCCUGAGUCCCCGAUACAGGCCCAUGGCUGACAGUCCAGAGCCCCAGGACAUCCCCCUGUCAGAGGCUUCCUCCGCCAAGGCAUGCUGUGAGGAGACGCACCCCAGAGAGCCUGAAUGCGCCCUAUAACACCCCUGCCCCUGGAAGCCGCCUGGACUUCCAGUCUGGCUUCGAACCUCAUUGGAGUCCCAUAAAACCAGCAGAACUGCCCUCAGGGUGGCUGGUACCAGACCCCCAGCACCAAUCUACAGACGGAGUAGAAAAAGCAGGCUCUAGAUACUGAUGUUAAAAAACAACAACAGCAAAAAGCCCUCAGGGGCUGAAGAGAAGAUGGGCUUGUCCAUAAAGCCUGUUGCCAUGAUAAGACCAAGCAGGGGCUAUCUCUUCUCUGCACAGCAACCCUGCCUUUGUGUGAUGCCUGGCCUCUUCAAGAUGCUAUUCACUGAAACCUAACUUCACCCCCAUAACACCAGCAGGGGGGUGGGGGGACAUAUGAUUCUCCUAUGGUUCCCUCUCCUCCCUCCGCACCUCUUGUUUUCCUUUUUCCUGUUGUUCCUCCUUUACUUCCCCAGCUGUGUGACCUCUUCGUACAAUGAAAGACAACACCAGAAAGGAGAGGAAACAACUUCUCAGCCCAGGUCUAACAUUAACCAACUAGGCCACAUUCUCUGAGCUUCAGUUCCCAAGUUUGCUUAAUAAGAUUGCAGGACUUGCCAAGAAUCUCGGGAUUUAUAUUUCUAUACCUUGCUGACACCUACCUUGGCCCUCAGACACCACCUCACAAGAAGCCAGGUGGGAAGUCAGUGAAUCAAUUCCAAAACGCUACUCCUUCCCAGCUCACUCAGCUGGGCUAGCUGAGUGGGAUCCAGGAACGGGAGUGGGUGACCUGCCUCAUGACUACCACCUAACGUCCACCUGGGGUGGCUCAGGAAGAUACAGGCUCCGGUAGGGCCCCCUCCGGCCUCACUAGAGGGCGCCCGCGUUACUCUGGAGUCUAGACGCAGAGAAUCCGGUUUCACAGCACAGCGGAGAGUGUACUAGGCUGUCUCCAUCCAGCCCAGCGAAGCUCCCGAGGGCGUGCUUCCCCACGACCCCGGAGCGCAGAAGCCAUGAAAAUUAAUGGGGGGAAAAGUUUUUAAAAAAAAUAAAAGAAAAAAAAAGUUUAUUUACAGCUCGCCCCAGGAGACUUUCCCUGGUGCCUGCGGAUGUCUGAGACCUCGCCCCUGGCUCUCAGCGCCAGCAGCACGUAGUGCCCCUUCCGAAGCUCUCCUGGCCCAGGCCUGGGGGCACUGCUUCCCGGCCUGCGAGGUCCCAAGGCGGGGAAGGAGUCCAGAUUGGGUCCUUCUCACAGGUUAGUGGUGAUACAUUUUAAGUCCGGGAGCCCGGCCUGCUUCUGCAGUGGGUUGCCGAGGAUAAGAGGUGAGCCCCCUCUCGCCUGGCUGCAGUCCUCGGCGCUUUGGUCCAGAAGGGUGCGAAGAGCGCUGGGCCGAACAUAGUGGAGACUCACCACGGCCCCUCCAAGGAAGAGGCACAGGAUGCCUGUGGCGGUGAGGACCGAAAGAAAGGAGGGCAGGUGGAGUCAAGCUAUAUUGCCCAGGCUGGUUUCCAACUCCUGGCCUCAAACGACCUUCCUGCCUCUACCUCCCAAAGUCCUGGGAUUACAGACGUGAAGUACCGCGCCUGGCCCCUCUCAUCUUUCGGAGUCUAGGUCUUGCGUUACCUCCCCCGGCCCCCUACACAUCCUCUAAUCUGGAUUACAUGAAACACGGCAAGACACCAAACCCUUCUGAGCCCCCUUUUCAUCUGUAAAAUGGUCAUAACAGUGCCUGUUUCUUCUAACUAUUGAGAGGGGCAAAUCAGAUAACAGAUGUGGAUUCAUUCUAUAAACAGGAAA